AUGCUUUACCUGCACAACGACAAGCUCCAGCCGCUCAACGUCGACCGCGGAGUCUCCCUCGCCGGAAUCAUCUCAUUCUCACCACAACUCACCUCGCUUCAGCUCUACCUUACGGAUGCAAGUAGCGGGACCACGAUCAGCGAGGAGGUUGUCAAACCACCUAAGGAACGCGAUGAGAGUUAUAGUUUGAAUAUUCCUGCUGAAGGAGGCGAGGCGAAGUUGACUGCGAACACUACCCUGGGGUUGUUUAGAGGGUUGACUACGUUCGGUCAGCUCUGCUUCCUAGUAGAUGAUAUCAAUCGUCUACUCGAUACAAUCAGCUGGGUCAACCUGAACCAAUUCCACUUGCAUAUCAUCGAUUCUCAAUCCUUCCUGCUCAAACUUCCCAACUUCCCAGAGAUCGCCAAUGCAGGCGCGUAUUCGAACGACUCGACGGACUCCGCAGGAGAUGUAUCGAAGGUCGUCGUCGCGUUCGCCGCUUUGCGCGGUAUUGACGUACCCGUCGAGGUCGAUACGCCCGGACACACCUCCGCGAUAUCAGCUUCUCAUCCAGAGCACGUAGCGUGUGCGGGUAAGACUCCUUGGGCUACAUAUGCAAAUGAACCUCCUGCGGGUCAAUUACGUCUCACUUCAGACAAUACUGCGAACUUUACUGCCAGCCUACUUGCGGACAUAGUAAAUUUGUUCCCGUCGAGUUUGUUCAUCACGGGAGGGGAUGAGAUUAACGCGAACUGUUAUCAGAACGAUGAGAAGACGCAACAGAGUUUGAGUUCGAGUGGGAAGACGAUUGAUCAGGCGCUUGAUGGGUUUACGAACGUCACACAUAAGGCUGUUGGGGGUGCUGGGAAGACGCCUCUUGUUUGGGAGGAGAUGGUUUUGCAGCAUAACGUGACGCUCGAGAAUGAUACUGUCGUCAUGGUCUGGAUCUCGUCAGACGACGUUAAGGCCGUCGCAGAGAAAGGAUUCCAAAUCGUACACGCUGCAUCGGACUACUUCUACCUUGACUGUGGUGCUGGUGGUUGGGUCGGUGCGAACCCUGCAGGAAACUCCUGGUGCGACCCAUUCGAAACCUGGCGAAAAUCCUACUCCUUCGACCCAUACGGGAACCUCACAUUCGACCAAUACCCUCUCGUCCUCGGUGGAGAGUCCCUCUGGACAGAACAAUCCAGCCCAGAGAACAUGGAUUCGAUCAUUUGGCCACGUGCAGCGUCAGCUGCAGAGGUAUUCUGGACUGGAGAUCAACUACCAGGCGGGGUGAACCGCACGAGUUUGCAAGGAGUGCAGAGUGCGUUGCCGAGAUUGCAUGAUUGGAGUUUUAGAACACGGGCGAGGGGUACGAAGACGAUUAGUUUGCAGCCGUUGUGGUGUGCGCUUAAGCCUGGGGUGUGCGAUUUGACGGCGUAA